CCGAGUCCUCUCUCUCUCAUAUCGGUUCUAAUUCACAUGGUCUCACUUAUUCAUAGCUGGAUAGGUGAGAUAUCCCAUCCCACUGCAGCACAGCUUUACCCUUUGCCAUGAAACCGCGACUUGAGCCUGCCCUUGCGUCACAGCUGUUCAAACUUGUGCACGGCUUUAUUAGCCACCUUCCUUUCUUCAACCUCUGAAGCCGCACAUCCAAUUCAACCAGAUCACCUCUUCCUUUUCUUCACUGCCCCAUCUUGGAUUCAUCAUGUCUACAUUUGACGGCAUCAUCAAAGAGUUCCAGGGGGUGAGGGUUGAUUACUUCCGAAACGUUGUCGAUGACCCUCCACUUGCAUGCUUCCUAAGCCACAUCCACAGUGACCACAUCGCUGGCCUUGACACGUUCAGAGGCCGUCUCGUGUACUGCUCGGCGGCGACGAGGGCGAUGCUGUUGAGACUGCAGCGGAAGGCGUCCCGCAUCAAUUUUGCUCAAGGAGUGCUGGAAACCGAGGAGAUCACCUACAAACAUCAGAAGAAUCGUCUGAAAGCUCUGCCCCUGAAUACGCCGACGGAUGUUGAACUUACCCCAAACACUACGGUGCGGGUAACACUUUUCGAUGCAAACCACUGCCCUGGUGCUGUCAUGUUCCUCUUCGAGGGAGACGGAAAGGCCGUCCUUUACACUGGAGAUAUCAGGUGCGAGCCUUGGCAUGUUGAGGCCUUGAUCCGAAAUCCUUGCAUUGCAGAGUACGCAGUCAGACGAGAUUCAGCACAGCUCAAAACCUUGGACAAGAUAUAUCUGGACACGAGUUUCACCGAAGAUGUCCAAUUUCAGACGAAGGCCGACGGCCUCCGCGAGCUCCUUGAGAAAGUAGCCCAGUAUCCCGAUGAUACUCUCUUCUAUUUCUCUUCUUGGACCUAUGGUUACGAGGAUGUUUGGAUCGCAUUGGCCAAGGCCCUUGGUACUCAGAUACAUGUCGACGACUACAAGAUGAAGGUCUACGAGUCACUUCGAGUCAAACACGAUAAUGAUUUUAUCCACUUGAGUCCUGAAGCUCCAGCUUUGACUGGCUUCUCCUGCGGAAAUCGCUUCCACCCUGGCUGCUUAACUCGAGAUCCAAAUGUCCGACUACACAGCUGCGAAAAGGGCUCUGGCUGCCCGACCAUGCAAAAUACGGCGACCAGAAACGUAGUCUGGAUCACACCUAUCGUUGCUCACCUUCGCAAUAAUGAUGACAUGGUCGAGGUGGGCAUCGGUGGUGGAGCCGGAGAUCUGGAAGAUGCCGACCAACUGGUUUUGACCUCUGAAGACCUCGGUCAUUGGUUGGAGAGGAUAGCGGCGGACCAAGACAGUCCUGAAGACACCAAACUUCUGCUGCAUACUUUCCUGACGAGUGCAAUAACAGCCAGACAUCCUCUUGUACUUAACAUUCCAGAAAGCACUGGAUCAACUGAAACCAAUGACCUGCUUACCGUAUAUCGGUCCCUCGUUGCCGCAGCGGAGGAGAACCGAGGGCACAGGUCUUCUACCACAUUGAGCAAUCGGAUAAGAUUUCCCUAUUCUCGCCACUCCUCAUACGGCGAGUUGUGUCACUUAGUCUCAGCUUUCAAACCGAAGGAUAUCUGGCCGUGCACGGUUGAUACCAUUCGCUGGAUUAAACGAGGGAUCACCAUCGAGGGACUGUUUGGCGACCACUGCGCGGACAACAUCUUCGACCAUGACAAGCAUAUGGCUCAGUUGGCCUCAGAGUUGGGAAUUGAGGACAAUGAGGAACAUGAGACCCAGAUUUCUGCGGAAUCACGCAUUCGGUCAUCCCCAGCCGCCGAGAUGUCAUCUCCCGCAGCUAAAAUACUUUCCGCCGCCCAAGACAGAGCCCAUGAGCAACUAUCUCACCACGAUGAGAGUGCAGAACCCAGCCAAGCAAGUACGGCUUCUGAACACCAUGAAGAUAAUGGGAGUAGGAAUGAGUCUAGUGGCGAUCACUGCACCACUCAUGAACAUCAGGUCAUAGAUCUCACCCUCGAAGAAUCGGAGGGCAGUCAAGAUCCGGCGGCGCAGGAAACACGGAGCCAGUUGCUAAAAAGGAGCUUCGAGAGCUUCGCAGAGGCUGCUGGACCUGUUGAGAGAACAAGGACGCGGGAUGAGACUCUAGACGAAGAUGACAGCCACCUCCUUGACUCGCAGGAGACUUCCAUCUCGGCCUGCGCGCUGGAGACGCGUCGCAUUGCCUUCAACUCGGUGCUUCACGAGUCCAACUCUGGUCAGUGGGCGGGUCUCCUGUGCACGACGAAUAACCACGUGCGCGAAGAAAGCGAGUUGGGCGAAGAAUGA